AUGGCCAAUGUUUCUUUGUGUUUUGGUCCAAACCCGUGUGUUAAACCUUUCAUAUUUGCAUGCAAAUCAACAUCUGCAUCGUAUGACAUAGGCUCAAGCUCAGGCUCGGGCUCGGGCUCAAACUCCAGUAAUACUAACUUUUACAAACUACUUUCAUUGAGUUCAAACAAAGUAGGAACCCAAGAGAUCAAAAGAGCUUAUAGAACACUUGCUCUCAAGUACCAUCCUGAUGUUUCACAUGAUCAAGACACCACCAAAAUGUUCAUUUUGUUGCAAACUGCUUACAAGACACUUGUUGAUCCAGUGUCACGUGAAGAGUACGAUUGUGCACUUGGGCGUGGAGAGCUUGGGCAUGUUUGCGUUGGUCGUAUGUCUAGUGAUCGUGGUGGAGAGCGUCAGAGGUGGGAGGGUCAGAUCGAUGAGCUCAAGAAACGCUCUAGUUUUCGUUCUGAGCGUAAAGAGGGAUCAUGGGGAAAUAGGCAGGGUUAUGAAAAUCCACGAGAAGCGACUGGGCGUAUUGUAGGCGCCAAUUGCCAUUUAACUAAUAAACCAGUGGAUAUUGAGGUUCCGCAAGUGGUACUUCCCGAUACUGUAUUUGAAGCAGUUGUUCGAAUUCCUUAUGAUACGCAACUGAAACAAGUUCUUGCUAAUGGUAAAAAGGGAGGUUUGAAUGUGGGGGUUGUUCUUAUUUUACCAGAGGGUUUUGAAUUAGCCCCUCCCGAUCGUAUUUCCCUCGAGAUAAAAGAAAAGAUGGGUAAUUUGUCUUUUCAGAGCGAUCGCCCCAUGUUUUUCAAGUGCAAGAGAUGA